CUUUGUAUUCUUUACCUUCAACUCUACUUAAAUGGCAACUUCUAAGACUACUUCAAUUCUGCUCUUUCUAUUCUUCUUUUCCUUGAUUUCUGGUCCAAAAUUUGCAAUGGCUAACGGACAGAGAACAUGGUGUAUAGCAAAACCAUCAUCAGAUGAGGCAACCUUAUUAGCAAACAUAAACUAUGCAUGUUCACAAGUGGAUUGUAGAGUUAUGCAAAAAGGAUGUCCAUGUUUUUCUCCUGAUAAUCUUAUAAAUCAUGCUUCCAUAGCUAUGAAUCUUUACUUUAGAUCAAAGGGUUGCAAUCUUUGGAAUUGUGACUUUAGGGGUUCUGGACUUCUUGUUAUCACUGAUCCAAGUUAUGGGAAUUGUCUCUAUGAGUAGAAGGAUUUUUCUGUAAUCCACCGAUUUAUAAUACUUAUAGAUCUAUUUUUAAUUAGUUUCAUAAUACUUUUAAAUUGAUAUAAAUUCAUAUUUGUAGAGUAUAUUAAUAAUAUUUGUAGAUUUAUAUUAGUUUUUUAAUCCUUUUAA